UGGUGCUGUCGGUGGGAGACACCGGCCGGGGGCAGAGUCCGGUUGUGAGGGCCCAGGGCACCCCUGUGGCCCUCGGGUACACGGGACAGGAUGAGGACGACGCUGGGGGCCACCAGAACAGCCCCCAGGCGGCCUUGGGUCACAAACGCGCCACCGUGUACAACACCCAGGGUGUGGGGAGUCAGGCCCUCGGGCUCCCUGGCCCUCAGGCCAUGGGGUACGCUGGUCGGGAUCCAGACACGCCCUACUUCGACUUCUUGGAGUCACCCAACGUGACGGCCCUGCUGGGCAAAACUGCCGUCCUCAACUGUCGCGUCCGGAACAUUGGCAACAAAACGGUGUCUUGGGUGCGGCACCGCGACAUUCACCUGCUGACAGUGGGAAGGUUCACCUACACCUCGGACGAAAGGUUCUCGGCGCGUCACACCGCAGGAUCUGAAGACUGGCUCCUGAUGGUGCAUUACCUGCAGGAGAGAGACGCUGGCCCGUACGAGUGCCAGAUCUCUACCACCCCGCCCAUGAGUCAUCUCAUCCACCUGGCUGUUGUAGAGCCGGAGACGAUGAUAGUGGGAGGACCGGAUGUGUACAUCAACACAGGCAGCCGGCUGUCUCUCACUUGUACUGUCAAGUACAGUCCCGAGCCCCCAGCCUUCAUCUUCUGGUACCACGAUGACAAGCUGGUGAGCUACGAGCGGCGGCCAGGGGGCGUGGUGGUGUCGACGGAGAAGGGCGUGGUCACCACCUCCAGGUUGCUGGUGCAGUUCGCGGAGCCCCGCCACACUGGCCGCUACACCUGCGCCCCGGCCAACUCCAGGCCCAAGAGCGUCAAUGUCCACGUUAUUGCUGGAGACCAGCCAGCAGCCAUAGUGCAUGACAACAACAGCAGAGCUGCGGCCCGGCUCAGACAACACGCUGCUCUUCUGCCCUUCCUCAUGCUGCUGCUGCUCCUCCUCCCUCACUGCCUCACUGGCGAGGGGUGAGAGUUUCCUCACUACUCUCCCUGGACGCGCGCACACACACACUCACACACCUUCCUUCACACCUAUCGACAUGUAAACAAUACCACGUGCGACAUGCACCCGUAGUGUAUGUACAUGUGCGCAUGCGCUGGGAACGUAGUAAAUAUGUAGAUAUGACCAAACUGGUGCGAAUCACACGAACGUUAUUUCCAAAGCGUUGGGAUUUUUCGUUGUGUAGUGUAUGACGUCACCUGUAGUGAAGAAAAUAACAACGUCGUAAUAUCACCUGCAAAAAAAAAAGUGAGCAUCUACGUGUGACGUCACAUUGGAAAACAGUUGAAUGCCGGAAAGUGAAAUUAUCUGCUAAAGAGAAGUGAGCGUCAUGAUGUGACGUCACGUGUGAUAAACAAGUGAGCGUCAUGAUGUGACGUCACGUGUGAUAAACAAGUGAGCGUCAUGAUGUGACGUCACGUGUGAUAAACAAGUGAGCGUCAUGAUGUGACGUCACGUGUGAUAAACAAGUGAGCGUCAUGAUGUGACGUCACGUGUGAUAAACAAGUGAGCAUUCCAGUUUUAUGUCACAUGCAAAAACAAGUACAUAUCUCUUUAUGACGUCAUUGGCAAAGACAAACAAGAACAUCUUGGGUGUGAGUGUGUAUGUGAUGUCACGUCAAGAUGCAAGACAAAUCAGCUGAGGCUGUGACGUCAACCCAAGAAGUAAAUAGAGAUUCCUUGAGUGACAUCAACAGAUCUUGGCGAAACAUCAGAUGCUCUUCAUCUUGACAUAAGUGUUUCUGAGAAGGUUUGUAAUUAUCGCGUUGACACACGCUUCAUCGGACCAAGCCACUUACGAAACAUCUACAUCAUUCCUUACUCACUAGCGGCUUUGUUUACAGUUAUCAAACAGUUUACGAGCUUGGAAACUUCACAAUACAAGGUUAUUAUUGUUAUAAACAACCUCCUGGUACUUUGGAACUCGUAACCUAUUUAAUUAAUGUAAACAAAGUUGCCCUGAUUGGGGAAAGAUGUACAGGUUUCGUAACUGGUUGAUGCAUGCUGGGCGUGUCUGGUAACUCCAUUCAAGAAAACCUGGAGUUAGAAAAUGUAUGAGAAACUUUGAAAUGUGCUUUUCACAACUCUCAUUAAUUCUUUCCUUUUGCAAAAUUAAAAUAAAAUAAUUUGUUUAAAUAAAUCCAAAUUCAAUGAAUUGUAGUCUGUAUUAUCAUUAGAUUCUGAGUGCAGUUUGAAGACAGGUAAUCAAUUCAUUUGUCUCAUUCAGAUUUUGCAAAAAAGAAAUCUUCCUUCAGAAUCUCAUCUUAUUUCCGAAUUUCAUGUUUCUAUGGAAAUUAAUUUUCUUUUAAAGUUUCAUCUUCAAUUACAAUUUCAUCAUCAGGAUUAACACCAAAUGUUAAAGAUAGAUUCUUGUAAGUAUUUCCUGUCGGAAAGUUGACAUCUUGAGAGUUCCUAAGUUGAUAUCAUCAUCAUUUUUGUUAGUUUAUGCUUUCACUGUAUAUAUAUAUAUAUAUAUAUAUAUAUAUAUAUAUAUAUAUAUAUAUAUAUAUAUAUAUAUAUAUAUAUAUAUAUAUAUUCUAUUUGUUAUCAUUCAAACAUUUUGGAUAUAAGUUUCUAUUAUCGGUGUUUUUUAUUAUUUACGUAACACAAAACUUGGCUGAAAAUAUCAGUAUCAACGAAGGUUAAAAGAUUUAUAUAAAUCAGUAUCAACUAAAUGGUUAAUAAAAAUCUACAUUAUAAUUGUGCUGAAUAUUUUAAGACGAUACAACCCUUAACAACCUAUUAGAGAUGAGGAAUUAGUGGGUCAACAAUCCUGAGUCGACGACCACUCCGAGCUGUUCAGCUCCGGGUCUCAUUCUGGCAGUAUGAAUCGAUUCUAAAAUGUUAAGGUUCAGGCUAAAAGGAGUCAGUAGAGUACAGUCAUUGUGAGGUAUAAGGAGUGAUUUACGGACCUAAAGUGACCACCAUUUUUUGGAUUUUUGGAAAGAAGCCUCAUCAUCUUACCUUAGAGAGGGCAUCAUCAUCAUUUAUGUACGGUAAGAGAAAAUGUUGAUUCUAUGGUGACAGAUGUGGUGUUUACCGUAUUCGGUCGGUGUGCCCUAUUUGUUGAUUAUCCUAAGAAAGAUAAACUACACGGGUGUUCAUCCUCUUACGAAACCUGUACAUCUUCUUUCUUCAAUUAUGCUGGAAUGCUCGAUAAAUUCCUGGUCAAAGGGAUAACUUCUAAUAAUAUGAUGACUGAUAAAUACAAAUUAGAAGCUUUGUGGUUAAAUAUUCUUGAGAAUGUUCCGAAGUUAUUGAGGAAUAUGCUAAAGCAUAUGCUACUCAAGUAAGAAUAUUGCUUUUAAUAAAUCUUGUUCGGGACUGGAAAUUUUAACUUCGGCUGAAAAUUUUUCAUUUAAAAGAUUCCUAGACAUCACGUAUUUGUUUGGAAAGAGCACUAAAUUAGGCCGAAUAAAUCUGGCUGCAAGUUUAUUACCAUUUUAAAUAACUUAACCAAAAGAGAAGUUGAAAUCUGUACUAAUUAAAAUUUAAGUCUUCAGCUUGAAUAAUUUAGGACAAAAUCUCAAAUAGUAAAACUUAGUUCCAGUGAAUGUUGGUUUAUGCUAAAAUAAAAUAGUGAAUUUACCAAA